AUGCACAGCUUUACUUUGCCUCUGAAACCAGGAAGAAUUGAAGCAAUGCAUACUAGAGAGUUGUUGUUCUUUCUUUCUUUCAUGCAUGCAACCUUUGGGUUCAUAUCUGCACAAACUCUUGUUCACCGGUGUGAUGGAGGUAAUUACACAGCUAAUAGCACUUAUGAACCAAACCUCCAAACCGUCCUUUCUUCUCUAUCUUCUAAUUCCACACGCGAGAAUGGGUUCUACAAUGGCACCGCCGGUCAGGGUCCAGAUAAAGUCUACGGACUAUUUCUAUGUAGAGGUGACAUCGUAGCUCAAGACUGUCAGAAUUGCAUCAACAACGCAGGUGAGGAGAUCAUCAAACGUUGCCCCAAGAAGAAAGAGGCGAUUUUCUGGGUUGAUGAGUUUCAGCACGGUCAGAAGGUACAAGAUCUCCUGUACAGCCUUGUGAGUCAAGCUGCCUUUCGCUCAUCCACCGCCAUGUUUGCCACAGGGGAAACAAGCUUCCAAAGCUUUGGGAAGAUAUACGGGCUAGUUCAAUGCACUCCUGAUAUAUCUCAGGAUGAUUGCAAUAGAUGCCUAACAGGGGCUGUCGGUUCUCUCACCGACUGUUGCAAUAACAGAAUAGGUGCCAGAAUUCUCAAACCCAGUUGUAGUAUUAGGCAUGAGUCCUACAGAUUUUAUGACUCCAAGGCUUCUACACCACCUCCAUCGACUCUUUUAUUGGAGCAACAAUUCUUUCUAUCCUAUACUUCUUCUGCUUACGGAGUAGGAAGCCCAAAGAACACAUGGACAUAG